CUUUUUCCGAUGAAAUUUCCAGAGCACGCCUGUAUUUUUCCAACUGAAGCAAAAAUGGCGAGCAUCUUGCAAGUGCCAGUUACGUCGUCGUUUCCCUGCUUCUCGUCUUCAUCAUCGUCCCUAAAACGACGUAUCUUCAGCAGAACAGUCUCCACAACUAGUAGUGCUAAAAUUCCAGUACCUCCAAUAAACCCUAAGGACCCUUUUCUAUCGAAGCUUGCUUCGGUUGCCGCCUCGUCGCCGGAAGUACUCCUCAAUCGGCCUCCGAACUCCGACACGCCGCCGUAUUUGGAUAUAUUCGACUCGCCGAAGCUCAUGGCCACCCCCGCCACGGUGGAGAGGUCUGUUUCAUAUAAUGAACACCGGCCGAGGCGGCCACCGCCAGACUUGCCAUCGUUGUUGCUCCAUGGUAGGAUAGUGUACAUUGGGAUGCCGUUGGUGGCAGCGGUCACUGAGCUUGUAGUUGCAGAAUUAAUGUAUUUACAGUGGAUGGAUCCAAAAGAGCCAAUUUUUCUGUACAUAAAUUCUACUGGAACUACUCGUGAUGAUGGUGAAACGGUUGGCAUGGAAACGGAGGGUUUUGCAAUCUAUGAUGCAUUGAUGCAGUUGAAGAAUGAGAUACAUACUGUGGCCGUUGGAGCUGCUAUAGGUCAGGCAUGUCUCUUGCUUGCUGCAGGAACCAAGGGGAAAAGGUUUAUGAUGCCGCAUGCAAAAGCUAUGAUUCAGCAGCCUCGUGCACCAUCAUCUGGGUUAAUGCCAGCCAGUGAUGUUUUUAUACGUGCAAAGGAGGUAAUAAUUAACAGAGACACCCUUGUUGAACUUUUAGCUAAGCAUACUGGAAAUUCAAUAGAGGCAGUUGCUGAUGUGAUGAGAAGGCCAUUUUACAUGGACUCAACCAGAGCUAAAGAAUUUGGCGUCAUUGACAAGAUACUCUGGCGUGGUCAGGAACAAAUUAUGGCAGAUGUUGCCGCUCCAGAGGACUGGGACAAGAAUGCUGGAAUUAAAGCCUUUGAUGCAAUUUAACAUUUUCUCCAGGAUUGGUGAUUUGAGAGAACCUGUUGUCUGGCUGAAAGCACAUCUAUUCCACUAGAGAGAUGAAAAGCUUGUGUCACCUGAAGGAUUUAAAUCGGACGAAGGAACUGUCUGCUGAAAGCAAGGAUUCAAAGCGAAUGCGUUAGCUGGUUCAAGUUUGUUCGUGUACACAAAUUUCAAGUAUUAGUGGAUAGUGGAUCAUGGGUAAAUUUUAACAGUAUCAUACGUUUCUGAGGCUUACAGUAAUGUUUUUGGCCUAUGGAUAACAGUAUAGACUUCCAAAGCUGUACAGGCUUUUGGCUGAAAUGUACCGCCGAUUUUUCUUAUCAUCUUUUGUGUAUCAUAAAAUGUCAUAAUCUCACAUUAGGUUGCUGCUUUAUCUAGUGUAAUUCAUUAUUGAUACUUGUACACAAGCUUGCCUUGAACUUUACCCUUUGCUGGCUGCAAAAGUAUGAAUUUGUGCAGAGGAUUUGCAAUUCUUUUGUCCAAAA